ACACGAACAAUAACCUUAUUUACAAAUCUCUUGUUUUAUUUCAUCGUUGAAAAUUCAUUCGGAAAAUAACACAUCACCAUAACCAUGGCUUCCUUCAACUCCUUCUGGAUUUUCUCUCUCGCUUUUUUCCUCAUCGCUUCACCGUUCCUUCAAGUUGCUAGGUCAGAUGAAGGUGUGGAUACUACUACUGAAGAAGGAAGUGAUAUUGGCGUCGUUGGUGAGGAAGCCCCAGACUUUGAUAGCAUUGGGGACUUUUCUCCUGCUCCAGGAAUUGAUACAAUAAGUGUAUUUCCAAAAAAUUUUGCAAAAUUGGUUACCGCUGGAGAAGAUACAGAGCUGCUUGUGGGUGUAAAAAAUAAUGGAGACUCCAGCUUGAAUGUUGUUGCAAUCAAGGCUAGUGUUCACCUUCCUGUUGAUCAUCGUCUGCUUGUUCAAAAUCUUACUGCUCAGGUUUUCAACAAUGGUUCUGUACCAGCCUCAGCGCAAGCUACUUUCCCAUACAUAUUUGCAGUCAGUAAAUUCUUGCAGCCUGGGAGUUUUGAUCUUGUCGGCACUAUUAUUUAUGAGAUAGACGAGCAACCAUACCAAAGCACCUUCUUUAACGGCACUGUUGAAGUUGUUGAAGCUGGUGGUAUUCUUAGCAUCGAAUCUGUCUUUCUUGUUACUCUUGGAGUUGCCCUCCUUGUCCUCCUGGGGCUAUGGAUUCAUGGUCAAAUACAAAACCUAUCUAAGAAAACAAAGAGGGCUCCAAAGGUUGAAGUUGGAACUAGAUCUACAGAUGCUUCAACAGACGAAUGGCUACAGGGAACUGCAUAUACUCAGUCUCUGUCGAGCAAAUCAAAGAAGAAGAAGUAGAUAAAAGAUUUCUCAAGUUCUUCAGCUACACAUGACUAGAGAUGUAACACACCAUGUUAAUUAGUUUGAGAGAGCACAAGGAAUUGUGGCUUGAAUGAUUACCUGCUUUUUCUGUUGUAGUUUAAAGUUUUUUUUCCUUUCCCUUCCAAUGAGGUUGAGCUUUUUCUAAGAAAAAACUAACAGGGAUCUGAGUUAGGAAGGAUAGAACUUUUGAAAAGUGGCACAAUUUUUGUUAGAUAAUGUUCAUUUUACUAUCUAUAUUGUGUUUUUCUUAUUGUUUA